AUGGCUUUGAAUGUGAAGGCGGAUGUUGUGUUGCAAAGGGAGGCUCUGAUGAAACAAAGGCGGGAGAAGAGACUGUUCAAGUGCUUUCGAAAGGGAAGGGGUUGCAGUCGACGUUUCGACAUUCCGAGUCGUUUGUUCAUGGAGAAGUCGAGCGUCGAUUACCUUGCUCAGGUGACGCCUGGCGACACGGGGGAGGAGGCGAAAAAGGGAUAG